CUUUUAUUUAAUUUUUUUCUUAAAGAACACGAGACACUUGGUAAUCAAUGCACAAGGGAUCCGAUCUGCGUUUUGCAGUGUCCAGUGUUUGAAAAAAACGGAGGGGAAUUCCCAGUUUCUCUCAGCAAACUACAGCAGCUAAUAGAAGAGAGGGUGCAUAUUGUACAUUCGGAUAUCACAGACGACCAACAGGGUGCGGCGUUUGCGGAGGACGCCGGAGGAGGACUGUGGAAGUUUGCUGUCUUGAGUAAGCAGUUGACCUUUCACCUCCAGCAGCUGCAGACAGAGACUGAACACGAGCUCAACAGCAUACAGACACAACAGCUCCACAUUGAGGCCCGUCUGCAGCAGCUGACCUCUGACUUGUUUGUUCUGCAAGAGAAGAAGAAACAAAUCCAGCAAGAAUUCACGAGUCGCCCAGCCCUUCGGACGUCCGCUUUGCAGUUGAGGGCUUGUAAGGAGCUUCAGCCCUCUAUUGCCGGUUCUCUAAUCCAGUUGGAGAAGCUUGUGUUCCGGAAGGAGGCACUGAGCGCACUUGGUGACCUUCUGACAGAAGACUUGCACAGAUACCAAGAAGAGACAAAGAGACUAACCCGAUUCACACAGAGAAUAAGCAAACACAGGCCAGAAGAGGAAGACGAGCCUUCCACCACCAACAGCACCCGUGGCCAAAGCAUGCAAGAAAAGAACGAGACAAACAACAUGCAUACACCUGAGUCUUCUUCCUCCCAAUCGCCACUUAGUCCACAGCAGACAGCCAACAAAGAAGAAGCCGAGCAGAACUGGAGAGCCAGUCAGAGGAAAGCGGGCCUCUCAAAUCUCAAGCGAGCCGGCAGCGUCAAAGACCUUAUCAGUAAAUUCUCCGGUCCGGAGCACGACUUGUAUCCCGGGUCUUCUCCGAGUCUCUGUUCAGGAGCAGGAACAGCUCAAAAGUUCACUUCCUCCGAGACAAUCCUGUCCCCUAAGUCCAAGUUGAGUCCGACCUUUGUCAUUCGAGACAACAGUCUGCUGCCGAGUAUCUCGGUGACCCCUCCACUCAAGGAGAAAAUCGAGCGAUCCGAUGGAUCUGCUCAGAGAGACGCUGGAAUUAGCCCGAUAACUGGAAGAAUCGAUUGUCCAGUAACAGGCGGCAGUCAGAGGACAGAGUCAAACAAAACGGCAGACUCUGGUAGAGAUUCGGUGGCGGACUCUGGCAUGGGAUCGGAACCUGAAACCGAAUCAAACAAGCAAUCGGACAGCCUGUCAGAGGAGGAGCCCUCCACUCCCCGAGCCGUGCCACCCAGCCCCAAAUAUCAGCUGUUCCUUGAGAACGAUACGAAGACCAACGGCUUGAGUAGCAAGGAUACAGAUGGUCCGGGAGGUGGAGGAUCACUGGGGGACAACAGCCCCAGGCUGUCGCGGUGGGAGACCACUCGGCCGGGGGUCAACAACUUCCAAGGGUCCAUGGAGUCGGUCGCCUCGCGGGAAUUAGAAACUGAUCGGACUUUCGUUGAAAGCCCUCGUGUUUUUAACAGUCCCUACACCAUGAAUGUGAACGCAUCUGCUGAUUAUAACCCCAUGUACCGAACAAAUGAGUUUAAGGGUGGAAUUUCUCCAGCCACAUCGGAGUGGAGCCUGCACACCUUCAAUAGUCGCAGCAGCAGUCCCGUGCCGAUGGGCGGGCCCGCCGCCCAAAUCGUUCCUCGCCAGCGAUAUUCUGCCUACGAUUCUCUGUUGAAGAGGAGGAACGAUGGUCCCAACUCCGUGAUGGCAACCCACUACACCAUGCGUGCCGCCACUCUGGGAGGCCUCAGUCGAAAAGACUUCAUCGAGGAAUUGACCAAACAGUUGGAUAACUGUCAGAAGCGUAACCAGUUCCUGGAGGCCGAGAGUGUGGAGAUGGAAAAGGAGAGGAACCAGAUUAGGUUUGAAAUGCGGGGCCUGCUGGUGAACAACGAAGACCUACUCAGGACCAACACUCAAAUGUCCAACGAAAUGAAGCGGAUGAGAGAGCAAAUGAUCGAGAUGGAGCGAGCCAAUCAGGCAUUGGCGGAGAAGCAGAGAGAGAUGGAGAUUGAGGUGAAGCGGGCCCGCGACAUGAUGCUGGAGGCCAACACUCAGGAGUAUGCCUUCGGCUUCCUCCAGCAGACCCUUAAAAACAAGAUCCAGGAUGCUGAGGACAGCCUUGAGAAACAGACGCAGCACUCGCAGACUCUGGCAGAGAAGUUAUGGAUGGCCGAGAGAGAACUGGAGGAGCUGGAGGUGGACAAAAACAGCAAAAGCAAGAAGACGUCUGAGCUCAGCAGCACCGUCCUCCGGCUGGAGACGGAGUUGGCCGAAGCCUUGCAGAUGUCCGCGCAGUCCACAGCGGAGUUGAAUCUUCAGCAGAAAUUGCGUCAGGAUGCCCAGCUGAGGAUGGAGGAACUGGAGGAGUCUUUGCUGGAGAAGGAGCAAGAGUUGCAGAAACUUCAAGCGCUCGUCGUCAGGCUGCAGGGAGACGUGUCUGGUAAGCUGAUCGACAAGGAGCAGACGCUGGAGGAGGAGAUCCAGCUGAGAGAGAGACUGCAGCUGCAGUGCAAGCAGGCCGAGAGGACAGUGGACGAUCUCCAAAUGGAGCUGCAGACCACCGUCCAGGCCAAAGACGACCUGGCCAAACAACUCAAGCAGGCCCAUGAGAAAAUUAUUGACCUCGAGACCGAUGUGGAGGAGCUGCAAGAUAGUGAGCAGCGAUGGGCCGCCAAGCACAAGAGAGCCAUUGAGCAGACCGAGCAGCUGCAGCUGAAGCUCAUUCAAGAGAAAGAUCAGAACGACCAACUGGAAACUGAGAAGAACAUCAUUGAGAGACAGUAUCGUGACCUGCGUCUGGAGAUGGAUGACUUGGAGAGCACCAAACCUUUGGAGGAUGUCAUCUCCAAAACGGAGAGUCGUGUCAAAGAGCUGGAGAACGUUUUGAGAACUGAGGAGAGGAACAAAGCUGUUCUUUCGAACACUAUUGGGAAACUGGAGCGAAGGAUCAAUGAGCUGACCGAUCAGAUGGAGGAAGAGCACAGGAUAGCUGCUGAGCAGAAAGACCUGAUGGCCCAGAGAAUCCGCUCGCUCAAGCGUCAGCUGAACGAGGCCGAGGAGGAGGCCAGCAGGAGGGACGCUCAACUCCGUCACUGUCAACGGGAACUGGCCGAGGAGAGGGAAUCGAACGGGCGGCUGCAGAGGCAGCUGCUCGACCAACACCUGCAGACAAAGCGUAAGGAGACUCUGACAAUUCGCCAGACUCUUGAUAACCUGCGGCUGGACCUCAGCGUCGAUGAUGAAGGUGACCAAGCGCCCCAACCGAAAGAAGUGGUAGUAGAAAAGGUGCCGGAGCAGAUCAGUAAAGUCACUGAGGUUUAAAAGUCCAACCGUCAACGUGUUAGAGGUUAAGGGCACGUAUGACAAUCAGAACAUUUGUGUCAAAAUGUUCUUUGGGAUCAAGUUUGUAUGUAUUUAUGGGGGCCCCAGUUGUAUCCCACAUUUUUAGAAGUACAUUCUUCUUUCGGAUUUAAAAUUGCGAGGAGAGCAUUUGUCCAUGUGUGACAUUAUUUGUAAACAAGGUCGAGCUGUAUCACAAUAUCAGAGACGGAAAAAAAAAAAUGUCAUUGUAAUGAUGACACCAUGUGUGAUCUCAGGAUUGGCUCAUUCGUGAGAGCCACAUGGUUUCUCCCAAGGAAAUAAUCCCAGGUCUUUAUGAUUUGUAUCACUGUCAAGAAAAAGUUUUUUUUUUUUUAAAUUCCUAGGAUAAACUCACAAGGCACUUCUUUAGGUAAACCUGUACAAGCUCUCACACAUGAGCUAAAGGUAAAAGUGACAAGGCUCCCUUUUGAUUGACGCUCUCAGAGAGGUAAUGAUGUCACAAUAUGUUUAUUUUGGUUGUCUUUAAGCUGUUUUGUUGCUACAGUUCUUUUGAGUCUUUGCAUUGUGCGGACGUCACGAAAGUGAGCGUCACAUCGAGCUUACUCCCGAGUACGAGCAGAUUCUCCUUUUAUGUUUUUCUAUAGCCACACUUGGAUGUUUACGAUUAAUUAAUCCCAAUUAAGACUCAGUUUUAUAAUUCACUCAGUUGUACAAAUAGCACAUUUUAAUUAGCUACUUGGCGAUUAUUUGUCUCAGAUAAUAAUGAGCUCUUUAAAAAAAAAAAAACAUGUUGAUUUUGUGGAGUUCCACAGACAAUCUUAAAUGAGGGUUUUUGUUUUUUUUGUUUUGUUUUUAAAGCCUUGAGAAUAUUAUCACUAUAUUGGUCUUACUGGUUGUUACGACCUUACAGGGUUAUGAUAUAAACACCGUAAAAGAGCACAGGAUUCACACAACAACUUUUACAAAUUAAUUUAUACUGAAUAAAAGUUGCGUCCAGGCGAAUUACCUGUUGGGUGAAACGGGUUUGUCAAGAGUAAAAAAAUAUACUUGUAACGCUGUGUAUUUGUGGGGAGUUGUUCUGCUGAAUGCAAAAAAAAACUGCUGUGCCUUAAACAUCCAUGUGCCUAGAGUGCUAAUUGAUUUUAUUUUUAACAACCAGACUGUAAUAUGAAGUUUUAAAAUGGAAUUAACGUGGACAAAAAUAAGGAAGCUUGCAUGGGUUCACCAAGUCUCCAGAAAAUUACACUUCUUAGAUUUGGAUCUUGGCCAAUAUAUUUUGAUGUACUUUGAUAUUUUAACUCACUGCCGCCUUUGGGUGAAGAGAGCAAGUGAGCUGUUUUUAAAUCUAUGCAGUACAUUAGAAACCUAAUAUUCAGGUAACGUCAGGUUGUAUCUAUUUUGUUUACAUUUGCUGGUGUAUUUACUUUCCACGCUGUAAGGAAAUCAGUCCAUUUGAUGUAUGGUGUUGCUGCUAUAUUUCAUUGCUGGUCUUUCUACAUUCCAUAAAAGAAACUACGACAGUUAUUUGCAA